AUGACUUAUUUACCUGAGGUAGAUGACUCGCUUAAGCCGAAGGAUAAGAUGAGGUUUGAUACGGAGGGAACUAAACCUUUUAAGGCGAUCGAUACAUCUAUCGAAAUUGAAACCAGAAAUAAUGGGUCAAAGAGGAAAUCUAUUCGACGUGUUCCUUCUAUAAGGACGGGUUGCGAAGCACGUAUGUGUGUAAAGUUAAACGCUUCGAAUCUAUACGAGGUAUAUUCUUUCAAGGAGGCCCAUAAUCACUAUUUUGUUGCUGAGGACGAUAGGCAUUUACUUCCCGCUAACCAAGGUAUGAACUAUAUGCAAGAACAAGUCGUUAACGCAUUGAGUGCCUUGAAUAUUGGACCGAUCAAAGCGUUUAAUAUCAUGAGGACACUAUAUGGUGGGUUUGACAAGGUUGGGGCAACCAAAAACGAUUUUAAAAAUUUUAAGCGAGACCUGAACAUGUAUAUAUCUGAGUUUGACGCUGAUAUGAUGAUUAAACGGCUAUUGAGGAAGAAAGAGUACAUGCCAAACUUUUCAAUGGAGUAUAUAACCACAGAAGAUGGUGUCUUAAGGGCGUUGUUUUGGGCCGAUGAAGAUGCCAAAAGGAAUUUUUCGGUGUUUGGUGACGUUGUUUCAUUCGAUGCGACCUAUCGUCGUAACAAGUACAUGAUGAUGUUUGUUCCAUUUACGGGUAUCGACAACCACAAUCGUAAAGUUACUCUUAGUGCCGCAUUAAUAGGCAAUGAAACGGCAGAAACUUAUAGUUGGUUGCUUAAGGUGUUUCGUGAAGCAUUUGGCCAUGCCCUUCCGGUGAUUAUCAGCGACCAAGACCCAGCCAUGAAGAAGGCUAUUGAAGAUACAUGGACUGAGAGUAGACAUAGGUUGUGCAUGUGGCACAUCAUGGACAAGCUUACUGCUAAGGUUGGUGCUACAAUCUUCAAUAGUAUAGAUUUUAAAAAGAGGUUGUGUGCCAUUGUGUGGACCAAUUCAAUUCUACCUGUGAAGUUUGAAAGUGAUUGGGCUACCAUAAUGAAUGAUUUUAACUUGGUUGAUCAUGAGUGGCUGCAGUCAGUUUAUCAAAUCAGGGAUACUUGGAUACCGACAUAUUAUCUCGAGGAGUUCAUGUCCGGGCUUAUGUAA